UCAGCCAAUCAACGAAGCAGGAAGACAUGACCACGUGUGUGAAGACGAACAACCAGGAAGUGUUCCUGCAGCUCUCCCACUGCUGUUAUGACUCUACUGGACGCCACCCUAGGAAAGGCCACCUGGAUCUUGACGGUCGUAGUGGUUGUAAUUGCGGUGAUUGUGAGUUAUCUGGACGACCCCGACCCGGUUAAAUACACCAGCAUGGCAGAGGACAUGACGACUCUGGAGGAAAACUUCAGGCAGCAAAAUAAAAGCUGUUUCAUCCUCGGUGCCUCCGGGGAAACGGGCAAGAUAUUGCUUCAAGAGCUGAUGGGGCGCAACCUCUUCUCCAAGAUCACUCUUGUCGGGAGGAGACAGCUCACCUUUGAGGACAAAGCAUACGAGAACCUGGUACAAGAGGUGGUGGACUUUGAGAAGCUUGAGGACUAUGCUGCAGCCUUCCAGGGCCAUGAUGUUGGCUACUGCUGCCUGGGAACUACCAAAGCAAAAGCUGGGACUGAUGGAUUCAUCCGCGUCGAUCAUGACUAUGUUCUCAAGUCAGCAGAGCUCGCCAAGGCAGGAGGCUGCACACAGUUCCACCUGGAGUCCUCCAGAGGAGCCGAUAAGAACAGCAACUUCCUCUACCUCAAAGUCAAGGGACAAGUGGAAGCAGAGAUUGAGGCGCUGGACUUUGACAGAUAUGCCAUUUACAGACCAGGGGUCUUGUUGGUCGAUAGGCAGGAGAGUCGGCCGGCCGAGUGGUUUGCCAGGAAAUUCUUCAAUGCCUUUUCUGCCGUGUGUUCUACGCCCAUGGCCAUCCCAAUCCAAGAAGUGGCGAAAGCGAUGGCGUCAAACACUCUGCUUCAACCUGAGCAGAAGACGGAGAUCCUGGAGAACAAAGCCAUCUCCAGUCUGGGAAAGAGUGCAGGGAAGUGAGAGAAAGAGGUAAUUUUAGCAGAUAUAUGGCGACGACUACAUACUGCAAACACUAAUCACAUCAUCAUCCUCAUGUAAAAGGAUUUUCAUACUACUGCAAAUGUAUCCAUGAAGUUUACACCUGUCAGAAAGCCAAAUGUAGGUUUCUAUGAAAGCACUUGACUUUAGUGGGUCUGAUAGAUUAUUUUUGGCGAUAACAAUAUGGGAAGCGAGCAAAAUAUUGAAUAUUUAAAGUGUAUUUGGGUUUCAUUUCUUCUGUAUUGAAUGGUAUUGUAAUAUUGUCAUAAGGGAACUAUUUCCAGGCUUUUUGAUGUGCAACAUUUUUGCUCUGAGUCAACGCACUGAACAACGGCCUUAAAGUAAAUGCUUGCGUUUAUUCUACACUAGAUUAAAAUAUUUGAUGUCUUCGCCAUAUUUUUAUUAAAUUAUUAUAAAUAUUUUCUGUCUGUUCAAUUUAGGAAAAAAAGUUUAAACUGUAUCACUGUUAAUAUCUGGUGUCUAUAUCUGCGCUUUAUUCAUCUGUGCACUGCAGCAUGUGAAAUAUUGAAAGCAUAUAACCAUAUCUAUGCUGUUUUUUAUUUUGAUGACGAUACAAUUGAAUAAAUGAUCUCAUGUCUUCUUUUAUGAUUUUCUUUUCUCUUUUUAAGACUUUAAAACUUGUGUUCCUGGUAAAUUUUUGAAAUAUUAAGACUCUAUUUCUUUUGUUUUUCAUAGUUGUCUUCGACUUUAAUUCAUUUUAUUUCCUUUUUCACUUGUUUGCUUGUAGUUUUGAUGAAUGUUGCUGAUCUAAGUGAAGCACUUCAAAUUGCCUUUGUGUUUCAUAGAUGAUAUUCAAAUAAACUUGCCUUUUCCACCUGA